AUGAACUUCAUCCGCGCCGAUACACCGAGCCAAUUACGUCAACGCUUCAUCCAGAUCCAAGUGGUUGAUCAAAGAUUCAAGGAGCCGACCUGGAUGCAUCCCAACAUUGGCGGUGAGGCGCAGUACGUUCAUGGCCCCGUAGAAGAAAUUGCUGCUGUUCACGACGAACUUGAAGCUCGCGAGUCGGGAAACAAGCUCGGAGAGUGGACGGCCACCUCUAUCGGCGGAAACGACAUCAUGUCCAGCGUUCUGUUUUCUACGGGGCAAACCAUCGCCAAAGCUGGGAAACUCGCCCCAGUCGCCCAACUGCUCGUGACAAUUGUGAUAUAUUGCCUGCGCUGGGUCUUUGAGGAAGUGAUGAGUGCUGUGCCGCUGAACGGAGGAUUUUACACUGCCAUGCUCAACUCAUCCCCGAAGAAGGUUGCGGCAGUUUGCGCCGUGUUCAGCAUCUUAUCGUAUCUGGCAACUGGAGUGGUGAACGGUGUGUCCGCGAUGAAUUACGUGAACGAGUCGCUGUCGCUGUUCGAGAUCCCGGUCAUGGUCUGCACCAUUGGAUUGCUAGCUGUCUUCGCGCUGCUGUGCCUCAUGGGCAUCGCCGAGAGCGCGUUCGUCGCGCUUAUCUUCUUCGUCUUCCACACGUUCACGCUGAUACUGCUGGCCAUCUUCAGCUUCAUCUACGUGGUGCAGCACCCCUCCGUCUUCGUGGACAAUAUGAGCACGUCUCUGCCUGACGUGACGAUGUUCGGCGGCGCUGCAGACGCCAGCAAUGUUGCGUCGGCCUUGUUCUUGGGCUACGGCACGGCGAUGCUGGGCGUGACGGGCUUCGAGAGCUCCUCGCAGUACGUGGAAGAGCAGGCCGCGGGCAUGUUCCCCAAGACGCUGCGCAACAUGUGGGCCUUGUCGAGCACGUUCAACGUGGCGUACUCGCUGCUGGCCCUGGCGAUUGUCCCAGUCGACACAAUCAUCGCCAACCAGUCGACUUUGCUGUCGUACAUGGGCCGACUGAGUGGAGGCCGGUGGCUCGAAGUCCUCGUGGCCAUCGACGCCUUUGGUGUGCUCGCUGGUGCGGUGCUGACCGCGUACGUGGGGAUCAACGGAUUGUUCCAGCGGUUGGCCAUCGACCGCGUGUUGCCCACGUUCCUGCUGAGGGUGAACUCUUGCCGCGGCACGAAUCACUACAUCAUCUUGACGUUCUUCCUCGUGGCCUCCAGUCUCGUGUUCAUUCUGAACGCCGAAGUGACGGUGCUGUCCGGCGUCUUCGCACUCGCUUUCCUGUGCGUCCUACUGUCGUUCACUAUCGCUUGUCUACUGCUGAAAAUCUGCCGUGAAGAGAUCCCGCGCAAGAGAACCACGUCGUGGGCCAACACGUGCUUUUGCGUGGGAAUGAUCUCCAUGGGCAUCCUCGCGAACGCGUUCUCGGACGUGAAGGCGCUGUCGUACUUCUUCAUCUACUUCGCGGUGUUCUUCUUGGUGGUAUUCAUGAUGCUGACUCGCGUGAGCCUGCUCAAGGGGCUGCUCUACGUCUCGCGGAAGCUGUUGCUGCACUUUCGUGGUGGACAAACGGACGCGAAUCCCAUUCAGCAACUGUCAGCACACGGCCAGGUGUUCGUGGGCAGCGUCAAGAUCGCCAAGAUCAUCGAGACGAUCAAGAACACGCCCGUGGUUUUCUUCUGCAAAGUGGCCAAUCUACCCAAGAUCAACGAGGCUGUGCGCUACGUGAUGCAGAACGAGCACACGUACUGCCUCAGGCUGGUUCACGUGUGCGAGCCGAACGCCCCCGUGCCGCGCGAGUUUGAAGACGUCGUGAACCUAUUCGACCACAUUUACCCGUCGAUCAAGAUCGACUUUAUCGCUGUGACUGGAGCGUUCGACCCGGCCAUGGUGCAGUGGCUGUCCAAGUCGAUGGAUGUGCCGACCAACAUGAUGUUCAUGCGUCAACCUGCGAACGACAACAUCCAUCGCGUGUCAGCACUCGGUGUUCGCGUCAUCACGGACUAG